AUGGCAGAAUCGGAACCUAAUGGAGUGUUUACGAUGGUGGAACUCAACUACCAAGGGGUAUUUAAUCGAAAUCCUUUCUAUUAUACUGGCGGUGUUAAAACCAUCUUUAAUGAUGUUGACUUUUCUUAUAUGACUUAUUUUGAGUUUGUGACCUUCUGCGAAUGUUUCAUGCAUGAAGAGUGUAAAAAAUUUUACUACUAUGAACCAAGCAAUUCCCUGAUGGAAGGGCUUAAUCCCAUUUCAGAUGAUGUGGAAUAUGCUGCUUUUAUUUUUGAUGCUUAUGGAAUAGAUGGUGUAAUUUCGGUUUAUGUGGAUCAUAUUGGGGUUGGUGUUGAUGGGUGGCUUGAUGAUGAAGAUAAUGAUGAUGAUGAAAAUAAGUCUUGUAUUGAUGGUGAAAAUGAAGAUAACAUAGAUGAACUUAGGAAUGUUGCCUUUGAAAUUAAUGAGGAUGUAGUGCAUAUGAAUAGGACAUCAAAUGAUCUUUUCAUAAGUACUAGCGAGGAUCGCGGGAAGGCGCCGGCAUGA